AUGGGCUUGAAGGGACUUCAAACAAUGAGUCAGGCUGGUGAAGAAAGUUCCAGUUCCAGUGACACAGAAUUGGAAAUCAAGAAGGAGCAGCCUGUCUGUGCUCUAGCUCCAACAGUUUAUAGCCGAGAUGAGGGAUCCACUGAUGUAACAGCAAGUCCUGCAUUUCAGUGUUUAGAUGAGCUAUUUUCUGCAGGAAAAAUCACAGGCACCAGAGUAGCUGAACUGAAGGGAAAGUACACCCUGCUGCAUAAGACUGUGAUCAGUUUACAGGAAUCUGAGAUCCAGCUGUUGCAGGAAGCCAAACGUCUUAGUGUAGAACUGGACCAACAACAACAUGAACUGGAAAAAGCAGAACAGUUCCCUGAAGAAUCCUCCAGUGAAGUUUCCCGAAUAAGGCAACAACUUCUUAGUUGCCAGAAUGAAUACAAUGCUAUUAAAGAAAGAGAGUAUGAAAUUCAGUUCAAGAUGGAAUGUUUGCAAGAAGAAAAAAGGCUUCUGGAAAAUGAAUAUGAAAGAAUUCCAAAACAAAGGGAAGCAGAUAAGAAAAUUAAACAGCUGAAAGAAAAUUGUGAUGAGCUCUGCAAAGAAGUAAUCCAAAGAAAAGCAGAAAUUAAUACAAUAAAGGAAGAUGUUUUAUCCAAGCAAAAGCUGAUGUUAACAGAUAAGAAAGAAAUGGAAAAGCUUCUGGAGAAGCAGGCUAAUUUGAAAGAUGAGCUAGUUAAGACCCUUGGUGUUCCAGCACAACUUGGAAAAGAAACUGAGAAGAUGAAUCAGAAAAAAAUCGAUGCAGAGAAGAAGAAAGAAGCCCUUAAUGACCAAAUAGAAGAGUUGAAUGGUACCCUGAAAGCGAUUGAAAAAAGGACUGAAGAGAUUUUGCAAGAAAGAGAAAACGUAAUGAAGGAGUUGGAUGGGAAACAAAUUUUGCUAGAAAGCAAAGAACGAGAAUACAUUACUUUGACAAAAUUGCUAGAAAUUAGCAGAGAGAAGGAAUCAGCGGUCCUAUCAGACAGAGCAGCUCUGGAAGAGAAUUUAAAAAAAUGUGUCUUGGAGAAAAAAAAGCAACAUGAUAUUCUCAUUCACAAGCAAACACAGAAAGAGAGAGAACUGAGAAAUUUUAAAAAGAUGGAGUUACAACUGAAUAUGAUUUAUGAUUCUUUGGAACAAGAUAAGUCACAGCAUAAAAGACUCAAAUCAGAGGCAGAAGCUAUCCCUAAAAGUAAUGGAUUAUUAUUAGAAAGAAGACAAGAACUGCAGAAGGAAAUUGAAAUGACCAAGAGAAGUUUAGCUGAACAGGAAAUGAUGUCAGAUACGGAUGCCCACAUGUUAGAAGAAUAUAUUGCUGAAGAAGGCCGGCUUUUCAAAGAACAGGAAAAAUGCAGAGAUGACUUAUCCAGACUUGCACAUCUGACUUGGCUCAAAGUUGAAGAGAGGGACCAGAAAUCUAGGGAUGUCCAGAAAGCCCAGAUACAACUCCAAAAUAUUAUUAAAGAAAUAAAGAGAAAGGAUCUUGAAAUAAAAGAGUAUAAAAAAAGGAAAAGACAAAUCAAAAAACAACUCCAAGGAUUUGCUAAAAUGUAUGAAGUUAUCCAAAAUGAAAGGAAUAAAUGUAUAAAUUUGGUGCAUGCUGCUCAGCAGAAAGCAAGUGAAAUUAAAAACCGGGUAAAAUUGCUAGGAAAUGAAAUAGAGAAUUUAAGGAAUACUGUUAUAACCAAGGAAAGAAAAUUGCAGAAACAACAUCUGAAGAAUACAAAUAAUGUAGCAAUUACAGACAGUCUCAAAAAUGAUUAUUGCAAAAUUGUACAAAUCGUACAUGAGAUGAAAGAAAAGAAAAGGCAACGGUGUCUGGAUCUCGAGAGACUUACCAAUACGGUCACUUGCAUCGAAGAGGAAAUUGUGCAGCUGCGCAAAAAAUAUGAAAGGGCUAUUCAGGAACAAAAUGACAGUGGUCUUCUGCUCAGAGAACGAGAAGAAGAACUAUGCAUUUUAUAUGAAAAAAUAAACAUGCAAGAGAUGUUGUGUAGAAAUGGAGAUAUUGAAAUGCAGGUUAUGGAUGAAAAGAUCAGAUUUCUGAAGCUGAAGGUAGCUGAGAAAAAGAGACAGAUUAAAUUGUGGUUCAAAGCGCUCCCAGUGAAAAAUUCCCUGGACGCACAUCUGGUGGUACUUCAGAUACAGUAUUCCCAGUGCAAGGACAGGCUUAAACAGAUGGAGGAAAUCUUUGCUGAUCCUGCAAAUGAGAGUAGAAAGCGAGACUUGGGAGGGAAGGACCCAUCUCCACCUGAGCUGCUAAAAAAGAUUGAGCAGCUAGAGGUGGAGCUGGUGCAAAAGGAGGAGAAGUUGCUGGAGACGGAUCUUCUCUACGAGCACAUUUCCCGGCUGACAGACAGAAUCCGUGCCACAGCAGAGAACGGGAAGCAGGACACACUGCUGCUAGCUAAAAGGACAAAUGAACUGCAGAAGAAGAUAAAGGACAGAACCCAGAAGAUAAUGGCUUUUGUUGCAGAGUUAUCCAUGAAGCAAGCACUUGCCAUUAAACUCCAGCAGGAAGCGAGAGACAAAGAGCAAUUUUUGAUGACUGUUUCAUCAAGGAUAGAUCAAGGCCUUCCCCCUCCUAAAGAAACAGAAAAUGAAUGGUUGAAGAUAUUACGCAACGAGAAGAUGCAAAAAGCAGCAGCUGAAGCCAGAGCUGAACAUGCAGCAGAAGAGGAACAAGCUGCAGCGCCCGGCUAUGUCCACACGACAGCGGAACAACGCCCAACCGCCUACAUCCCAGAUGACAAAUACAGUCUCCCAUUGCCGCGGCCCUACGGCGCUCUGGCUCCUUUCAAACCAAGUGAACCUGGUUCAAAUAUGAGACAUUUCAGAAAACCUAUUGUAAAGCCAAUUGAAAUCUGA